AUGAACAUCUUACUAACUCACAGGCUUUCCCGCACGUUUGUCCGCUCACUUGCCCAGCCCACUAGAAUGGCUACCCAGCCAAUCAGAAUGGCCAGAGGCAUCUCUACAUCUAGAAUACUCCUCCAGACCAAGGUCCAGGAAAACAAGACCCAGGAAAAGCACAUCACUGCUGAGACCAUCCACGAUGUUACCGGCCCAGACUCCUCUUUGAUUGGUCCAGGUGCCCAGCCAGGUACCAUCCCAACCGACAUGGACCAGGCCACUGGUUUGGAGAGAUACGAAAUCUUGGGUAAGCGUGAAGGUAUUGAUGUCUUCGACAUGGAGAAGCCUAUCAAGGAAGGUAGCGGUACUUUGGCUGACCCCUUCUUGGUUCCAACUUACAUUGGCUACCGUUACGUUGGCUGCAGAGGUAAGGGUGGCGAGGACCACAAGGCUUACUGGAUGAAGGUUGAAGAGGACGAGCCUGCCAGAUGCUGGCACUGUGGUACGGUUUACGCUGCCAAGUACUUGGGUGAACCCGGCCACUCGCACCACUAA